AAACAAGGGGGCCAAAUAAGUAAAUACACAAAAUCCCACGCCAAUGAACACCUGCGAAGUGGAGGGAGAGGCGGAGACGCUGGUGAAGCGCUUCUCCGCCAGCUGCGAGCAGUUGGAUCUGGAUACGCGGAUCCAGCAGAGCGCCCUGGCCACUUUCCGGCGCUUCGAUGCCGACGGCGGGCUGUCCACCGGCGAGGGAGAUGUCCAGGAGUGGCUGUGCUGCGCCGUCUACGGCGAACUGCAGCGGAUGAAGAUGCGGGACAUCCGGGAGGAGUCGUCGCAGAAUGCCACCUCCAACGAGGCCACCAACGAAUUGCUGGCCAAGAACAGCUGCUGGAACCUCUCGCUGACCCGCCUGCUGCGCAGCUUCAAGGUGAACGUAUCCCAGUUCCUGCGCCGCAUGGAGCACUGGAACUGGCUGGCCCAGAACGAGAACACCUUCCAGCUGGAGGUGGAGGAGCUGCGCCGCCGGCUGGGCAUCACAUUGACCCUGCUGCGGCACUACAAGCACAUCUUCCAGAGCUUGUUCAUCCAGCCGAGUGAGGGUGGUGACUCCGAUGACCUGGCCCACUACCAAUCGCUCUACGAGUUCGGCUGGCUCCUGUUCCUGGUCAUCCGCAAUGAGUUGCCCGGGUUUGCAACCUCUAGCCUGGUCCAUGGCUGCCAAGUGCUGGUCUGCAGCAUGGAUCUGCUCUUUGUGAACGCCCUGGAGGUGUCCCAAUCCGAGGUGAUCCGUAGAGAGUUCCCGGGAGUACCUGAAAAGUGGGCAGAAGAGGAUUUCAAUGAUGCCUCCCUACACAAAUACAGUGCCCUUGAGGCUUUAGGCGCCCUGAUCCCCGAACUCCCGAUGAAAGGAGUGCUGCAGAUGAAGAACGCCUUCUUCCACAAGGCCCUCAUGCUGCUGUUCUUGGACCAAAGUCUAGUCGGAGACGACACCAACAUGCGGGAGAUCAUCAAGGAGGGAAUGCUGGACAUAAACAUGGCCAACCUGAAUCGCAAGUACACCAAUCACAUAGCCGACAUCAGUGAGAUGGACGAGCGGGUGCUGCUCUGCUGUCCGCUGGCCAAAGAUCGCAAAAAGGAGUCGCAUCCCAGCCCACUGCCCGCCUUGUGCUCCUCUUCCCCUUCACACAGGAAACUUCUGGCCCAAGAUCUUCCCCAAAGCCUCGCUGCCUGCAUAGUAAAAGGCCUGCAGAAGGAGGAAAAUGGGGAGAAGGCUAUUAAACAUGUAAAUGAAACCUUGCAAAAGAUGGAGAAGACUUUCACCAGUGCGAGUGCCGCUAAAAACUUGGAUGCCAAGGCGGCCGCUAAGCGUUUCCAUCUGGCCAGGGGUCUCUACUACAAAUUUCUGCUCAAGUUUCUUUCCUCGGAGAUGGUUAAGAAACCCCAGCUUAAAAUUGGUCAGUUACUGAAGCAGCGUACGCUAACCCAAAGCCUUUUGGCCUGCUGCUUGGAAGUCUCUCUCCACGUUCACGACGAGCAAGUGGAUAACUUAAGGUUUCCCUUUGUGCUGGACUGCUACUCGCUGGACGCCUACGACUUUCAGAAGAUCCUGGAGCUGAUGGUGCGCCACGAUAAUGGUUUUUUGGGUAGAGAGCUUAUCAAACACCUUCAUCUCGUGGAGGACAAGUGCCUGGAGUCGCUGAUUUUCCGCAAGACCUCGCAGUUGUGGUGGAACCUGAAGCAGAGGAUGCCCGCCUACCAGGAUGUGCAGAUGUCGGAGGCGGAGGGCAAGGAGAACUCCUCGACGGGAGCGGGCAUCUGCCUGCGAAAGUUCUACGGUUUGGCCAACAGGAGAUUGCUACUCCUGUGCCAAAGCCUCUGCCUGGUGGAUGCCUUCCCGAACAUCUGGCACUUAGCAGAGCACUCCUUCACCCUGGAUGGUGGCCGAAUGUUGCGUAAUCGUCAUUUAGAUCAGUUGCUCCUGUGUGCCAUCCAUCUGCAUGUGCGGCUGGAGAAGCUACGCCUCACCUUUAGCCUGAUUAUCCAGCACUAUCGCCGGCAGCCCUUCUUCCAGAGAAACGUCUACCGAGAGGUCGAUCUGGGCAAUGGCCAGUCGGCGGAUAUCAUCCGUUUCUACAACAGCGUGUAUGUGAAGAGCAUGGGCAACUACGGGCGUCAUCUGGACUGCGAGCAAUCGCGGAAGUCACAAAAACCACUGGGUAUUUUAAAGGAAACGCCACUUAGCGAGCGCUCCUUGGGAUCAAAUAUAAUUAUAUCCGCGACACCCCCGCCAAAGGUGUGCAAAAAUGGCUCCUGCUCCAGUCUUCCGCCGCCCCAAGCAUCCCCCCCGCCCACGCAAAUCUCGCCCAGCAUGAAGCGCGCCGCUUCGAGCAGCGAACUGAGAGAGGUCAAGCGUCCCAACAUCCUGCGCCGCACCAGCUUUCAGUGA